AUGUUUGUCGAGGGAGUUUUUAGCUUGGUGCGGCGAAUGGCAAAGCUCACUGAUGAUGCCGACUAUGAUGCUGGAGAAACGUUUGAGAAUGCACCAAGUCCACUGCUGAUGCUGGGAAUCAUGGCAACUACUAUGGCAGACGACUUCGGACUAGGAAUCGACGGAAGUUGGCUCGAAAUCAGCAUCAACCAGAAUGUUCCCAUGAAGCCAGUCGACGGCCGGCCGGAUGGAAUAUGCCUUCGUCUGCUGGUGGGAUCGACCUUCGGAUCUCUUCACCAAACGCUCUUACUCCAAAUGCAAGUGAGCACAACACUUAUGAACCAAGGGCUUCCUCGUAUGUACCGUAUUUUCCGGCGUAUAAGACGACUUUUCACACCAUUAAUUUCUGCUCCUAAGGGGGGGGGGUCGUCUUAUACGCCGGAAAAUACGGUACUCUAUCCUUCCGCCACCUGUUCGGUUGACGUCGAGAGCAUCGCUUGGCGCGGACUUUCUCAGUCUGGAAGGUUUGGUCACUCACGCCCUGGCGUAGAACAACACUUCUCAAGUGUUGAAUUGUAUGACUAA